GCUGACAGGAGGGAUCACAUUUACACAGUCGACUUCUCAUAUCCGUGUGUGCUGUUGCUUGGACAAGAUAGCAUUCGAUUUUUCACUCUACAGGUUUUCUGCACGGUAGACUUGACAUUUUGACCAGAGGAAUUAAUUGAAAAGCACCAUGGCUGUAGAAGGAGGAGCGAAAUGUAUCAAAUACAUGCUCUUUUUCUUUAAUUUCAUCUUCUGGCUGUGUGGCCUGGCCUUAAUUGUUGUGGGGGUAUUGGCUAAAGUUUCUAUCAACACCACGGCCUUCCUCAAAGGAUACUCCGGGGCUCCUCUAGUGCUCAUAGUGGUGGGAGUAAUCAUCUUCUUCAUCGCAUUCUUUGGCUGUUGUGGUGCCUGGAAGGAGAAUCAGUGCAUGAUCACAAUGUUUGCUGUUAUUCUCUCCCUCAUCAUCAUCAUUGAAAUCGGAGCUGCCAUCGCUGGAUAUGUCUUGCGUGGGAACCUGACUGAUCUGCUGAAUAAAGGUUUUGACGUCAUGAUUGCAGGAUACAACAAAACGGAAAACCACGACUCCCUUGAUACUAUACAGCAACAGUUCAAGUGCUGUGGAAGAAACUCCUCUAAUGAUUGGAUGAACUCAAAAUUCUUGGCUCCCAGUUCAGUUCCAGAUUCCUGCUGUAAAAACGUCACCAAGGAUUGUGGUAAAGGAGCUCUCCAAGAAACCAGCAAAAUCUACACAGAUGGAUGUCAGCCCAUUUUGGACAAAUUUCUAAAGCAAAAUAUCCUGUGGUUCGCUGUGGCAGCUCUGGUCAUUGCAUUUGUGCAGAUCAUGGGCAUUGUGUUGUCUUGCAUUCUGAUGCGAGCCAUCCGCAGCGGCUAUGAGGUCAUGUGAUCACAUCUAGUUACAGCACUUCGCCCAUAUUAGCAUAUCACUUAAAGCUCUUAGAGACUGUUCAGGUGUUUUUAAAACUAUUAUAUAAAUGCCAAUUAUUUCCCCCCUUGCUGUGUAAGUUGACAGUACUCAUUUUCUUUGAGAAUGAAAUAUCUACGACGUCUAUGCUUCUAUGACUAAUCCAGUAGAUUAGUCUCCUGUUAAGUCUGAUUGACUGAUUUAUACUUUAGACAUUGUUUUAAACUUGAUCUUUACUGCAGUGACAUUCCUUUGGGUUACAAGACAACAAUCAAUUAUUACUGAUAUGCCAAAUUUUAUAAAUUUAUAGAACAUUCGUGUCAAAAAAGAAGGAAUAAAAUGUCUAAACAGGUUUGUCCUUGUCUUAAAUGUAAUGAACUUAAAUAUUUAGCUUACAUUUAUAUUUCAGCUUACUACUGUGGUGUUGGUGAAUCAGUGCUACCUUGAUGAGGGAUGCAAACAGACACCAUAAAGGUUGAAGUCUUUUAAUAGAAGUUCCAAUCUUUUCAUACUGCAUUAACUAUGUACUUUAACACCGAACCAAACAGCAUUGUCUCUUUAUAUAAAAACAAAAUAAAGCAACACAUUUGGCAACA